CAAGUGACUGAUUGAAUGAAAUAAAGAAUACAUCUAUACAAGAAAAUUCUGAUUUGACGAUCAAUAUAUCUGCCAGCGUUCGAGUCAUGCAUAUCAACUGCGUGCUCAAUCUGCUGACAGAUAAUUUGCGGUCAUAGACAGACACUGCAUAAUACUCAAGGUUAAGUUGGAAGGGACAUAUAUAAGCAUGUCAUCUAAAAGGACGUAUCUCUCUGGUGCCCAAAAACGGAAAAAGAAAAGGACAGAAGAUGAGAAAAAAGAGCAAGAUAAAGGAACACUGUUGAAGUAUUUUGGAGCACAACCAACUGUACCUGCCCCCGAUGUGUCAUCAAGUGUCAGUGCCUCCACAGCUGAUGAUACAGCAGGUUCACCCCCAGCAGACUUACAGUCACCUGAAAGUGAGGAAGAACUUUUACCCAUUGAGGAACAGUUACCAGCAUUGACAGUCACUGAUACACCGACUUCAACCUCUGCCGGCAUAACAGGUCCUUCUACAGCAUCCACUGCUAUGGAUGUCCCAUCCACUCCCUCAACAAGCACUAGCUAUCAAGGUGGAUCAACAGCUCCUCCAAUUGACCCAGCUGAAUGGUCAGCUGGCAUGACAGGUCCUUCUACAGCAUCCACUGCUAUGGAUGUCCCAUCCACUCCCUCAACCAGCACUAGCUAUCAAGGUGGAUCAACAGCUCCUCCAAUUGACCCAGCUGAAUGGUCAGCCGGCAUGACAGGUCCUUCUACAGCAUCCACUGUUAUGGAUGUCCCAUCCACUCCCUCAACAAGCACCAGCUAUCAAGGUGGAUCAACAGCUCCUCCAAUUGACCCAGCUGAAUGGUCAGCCGGCAUGACAGGUCAGUUAAUCUAA